AUGAACGAGAAGGCCAAUGUCACCAAGGAGCUCAACAACAAGCACCGAAAGAUACUGGAAGCACUAGUUAAACUACCAGAGAAUAGAGAAUGUGCCGACUGCAAAGCCAAGUGUCCAAGAUGGGCGAGUGUAAACUUAGGUAUCUUUGUAUGCAUGCACUGUUCUGGGAUUCACAGAAGUCUCGGGGUACACAUAUCCAAGGUGAGAUCUGUUACCUUGGACACUUGGCUUCCAGAGCAAGUUACAUUCAUUCAAUCAAUGGGAAAUGCGAAGGCAAAUAGUUACUGGGAAGUAGAACUACCUCCAAACUAUGACAGAACUCGAUUUGGCAUUGAAAAUUUUAUUCGUUUGAAGUAUGAAGAUAAGAGAUGGGUUGCUAAAGAUGGACAACCAAAACCACCUAAAGCGCCUGAACAUGUUGUAAAUGUCCCAGAACCGCAAAAUGUUCUUCCACAGCGUGAAGAAGUGAAACCAACAGCAAAAGUUGCUCCAACAGUUGAUUUUGCCACUGACCUUUUUGACAUGCUCUCAGUACAUAGUCCCAGUGAAAGUUAUGAAGCAUCAAAAUUUGAGAGAAGCAGUCCACAGGAAGCAGCAGAGAGCGGUAGCAAGCCUGCUUCAGGAAUCGAAGAUCUAUUUGCAGAUUCACAGCCAUUAGCACCUGUUGCAGUGAAUUCUAAGAAAGAUGUUAAAAAUGAUAUUAUGAGUCUUUUCGACAAGUCCAACAUGGCGUCACCGUACGGGAUGCAUCAACAGCAGCUCGCAAUGCUGGCUCAGCAGCAGUAUCUUCUCAUGACUGCUGCACCUAAGUCUGCUGACAAUGCUCUACAACCUGUGUCACAUGGAAGUUUAGGAGCCCAAAGUUGGCCAAACAUUGGUUACCAGUUGCAAGAUUCCAGAAUGAUGAUGCCUGCAGAUGGACAGGGUUGUGUUCCAAUAGGAAGUUGUGUUCCAAUAGGAAGUUGUGUUCCAUAUUCGAUGUAUACCUUUUAUUCUAUGUCCCAAACUAACCCAGUUAAUGGCCUGACAACUGCUGGAGUGAACAAAACUCAGUCACCGGCUUCAUCGUCUGCUGCAACUUCUACUACAACACAAAACGGAAUAGACUAUGAUUUCUCAUCUUUAACACAAGGAAUGUUCGCAAAACAGUGA